AUGUACUGGAAGGCACCGUCCCGGGAGCGCGCGGCCCCGUCCCGGCCCCGCGGGGACCGGCCCCGGCCGCCGCCCGGCUCCCCCCCCGCGGGCCCGGAGCACGCGGCCCCGUGGCUGCGGCAGGAGCUGGGCAGGCAGCGGGGGGACAGCGCCGUGGGGGGGGUCCUGCGGGACCUGCUGCAGCGCGUCCUGAGCCAGUGCGGCCGCGCCAGGGCCCGGCGGGAGCGGGUGCCCUUCACCGUGGGCCACGUGCGGGACGUGCUGCUGCACAUGGCCCAGUGGCGCUUCCCGCUGCGGGACGAGGGGACCCUGGAUCCCGAGGGAGAGGACGAGGAGCCCCAGCCCUGCACCAGCGACUCCUGGGCGGAGGGCGCCGUGCCCGUGCUGAGCACCCGGUGCUGCCCCGGCGAGGUCUCUGACCCAUGCCCCCCGCUCCAGGCUGGGCAGCAGGACCCCGAUGAGGUGGCGGACGCUGGAUCCUCCCCGGUGGAGCCCCCGUUCCCCGGUGAUGCCUCCGGCGGCAGUGACACCGCGCCGGGGCCGCCCCCGCCGCCGCAGGACGAGGCGGCCUCCGGUCCCCGGUUCUUCGAGGGCAAAUCAGCCCGUGCCCAAGCGCCGGUGCCGCGGGCAGCCCCGCUCCGCCCGGCCAGGCCACCCGCGCCACCGGAACCACCGGGGCCGGACCGGCCGCCCCGGCCCUGCGGCGGCGAGGAGGGGAGCGCCGCGCUCAGCGGCCACAAGCCGCGGCUGCCGCCGCUCUCCCGCAGCAGCGUCUUCUCGCUAUGGUCAGCGAGGGCUCCGUGCGGCAGCGUCCCGAGGCGGGGCGGCUCCGGCUCCGUGCUGGCGGUCCCGGGGCCGUGUCCCGGCCGGCGGCCCGAGCGCUGGAUCCGGCCGCACGUGGAGGUGCUGGAGCCCGGAGCCGGGCGGCGCAGCCGGGGCCCGGUCCCUGCGGCGGGGUCGCAGCCCCAGCCCGCGGCGGCUGAGUCCCGGCCGCCCCCCGGCGCCGCUCCGCGCCCGCUGGGCUCCCUGCUGGACCCGGCCCGGCUGGCGCCCGGCGUCUCCGUGCGCUGGGGCGGCUCCGUGCGGCGCGGGGGGCACGGGGAGCGGGAGCAGGAGCAGGAGGAGCCGGGGGAGCUGAGACCCGUCUGCCCCAGCGAGCCCCCCGCCGUCAUCGCGGCCGGGCGGGUGACGGGCGAGCAGUGAGCGCCGUGCUGCAGGCACCCAAUAAACCAAAGGCGUUGGUGUCACCCGGCUCCUGCGUCCUGGUGAAGAGCAGCCCCGCGGCCACGGGGAUGGCCCGUUUGGUCCCUGCACCCAAAGCCACCGCGGCCGGUGAGGCCGAGCCACCACGGGGCCCUUCGCCGGCUCUGCAGGGCUCCGGCUGCAAAACCGC